UAACUAUGUGUAGUGGAAAUUUCAAGCUCAAACUUACUUCAAGGAAUGCCAAUGGAGGGAUGACAAGUAUGUGCCCAAGUUAGAAGAGCACAUGCGUGUUUCAAUCAUAAGUGUUGGAUUUAUCUUGUUUUCCUGCGUACUUUUGAGUGGCAUGGAGGAGGCAAUGGCCACAAAGGAAGCAUUUGAAUGGUUCGAAGGCUCACCAAAGAUCGCAGAAGCUUGUGGAACAAUUGCCCGUAUCACUAAUGACAUAGCUUCAAAGGAGCGAGAACAAAAGAGGAUACAUGUUGCCUCAACAGUAGAUUGCUAUAUGAAGGAACAUGGAACAUCAGAAGAUGUUGCAUGUGAGAAGCUCCUAGGCUUUGUUGAAGAUGCAUGGAAGACUAUGAAUGAGGAGCUCCUUAUUGCAACUGGAUUGUCUAGAGAAGUAACUGAAGUAUUACUCCACUUUACGCGAAGUACAGAAGUUAUAUACAAGCAUGGCGAUGGAUUCACAGAACCUGACACUUCGAUGAAGGAAAUCAUCUUUUCUCUACUUGUUCAUCCUAUUCCUAUUUGAUGACAGUAUCGUUACAAUCAUGUACUAUCUGAUAUCUUAUAUUGUUGUGUGCCUAAGUUAUUAUCGUAGAAAUAAAAGGGGGAGAAAGAGGGAAAUAAUUUGUUCUUGUUAUUGUUGAAGCCAAAUAAGCCCAUAUAUACAAGUUGUUUA